AUGAACCCUUCUAUAGGGCCUAUUGCAAAGUCUGCAAUACCCCCAAUAGAGCCUACCGUCUACAGUAGAGAAUGCUUCGAUGCAGCGAGUGCGUCAAGAAUACAUCCGCAGUACAUGCUCCCUGCUGAAAGCAAGCUUGUCGAGAAUCACUUGACGCAUCUACAGACACCAUCCUAUGUUCUGCUACGCAAUGCCAUACUACGUCUAUGGAUCAAAAACCCAAGACUUUGGGUGACCAUGGAAGAAGCUCAAGGCGUAGCCAAAGAAGAGCGACACUUUGCUUUGUGCGCAGCCAUCUGGGAAUUCCUCGUUCGUAACGGUUACAUCAACUUCGGCUGUCUACCAAUCCCGCAAAACCCAGUACAACGGGAGCAGCAAACCAUUCUCGUUGUUGGUGCUGGCGUUGCCGGACUGUCAACUGCUCGACAGCUCGAGAAUCUGCUUGCUACAUUUGCCGAUCGCUUAGAGAUCGACUACAAAGUGAUCAUUUGCGAAGGACGGAAACGUAUUGGCGGUCGAGUCUACUCACAUCCAGUCGGUGACUCGCACGAUGCCCGUGUCGAUCUUGGAGCGCAAAUCAUUACCGGCUUCUCAAAUGGCAACCCUUUAACAAUCUUGCUACAAAAGCAACUCCACUUGCCUCAUCACGCUCUUGUGCAUGCAAAAUCCAAUGUCAUUUAUGAUCAACAAGGAAACGUCAUUGAACAGGAGCAAGAUCAGCGAGUCGAAGAGUUAUUCAACUUGUUGCUCGAGGAAGCAGCGCGUUUCAGACUAGAGGCUGCAGAUGGUCAGGCCACUGAUUCGCUUGGCGAAACGCUCAACAGCAUUCUGAAUACGCUCAAAAGGGUGUGCAAGAUACCAGAGAGUGACUUGAGUGUUUUGCAGUGGCACUGGGCAAAUAUGGAGUAUGCGUGCGGAACGAACCUCAACAACCUCUCGCUACACAAUUGGGAUCAAGAUGAUGGGAAUGAAUUCAACGGCCAUCAUGCAAUGCUUCAUGGUGGCUACUCGCUUCUUUGCAGAGGCUUGGCUCUUGCUCCUACAAAGCUUGAUAUUCGCAUGAAUGUGCCCGUACAAAAGAUUGUACAAGGUGGCGUUCUCCUUUCCAAUGGUGAAGCCAUCAAGGCCGAAAAGAUUGUAGUGACGGUACCGCUUGGUGUUCUCAAAGCAGACACCAUCACCUUUGAUCCACCGCUGCCAGAUUGGAAACAAAUGGCGAUUCGCAACCUCGGCUACGGUCUGCUCAACAAGGUAGUCCUAGUGUACGAAGCUCAAUUUUGGGACGACAACAUCAACUUGAUUGGUUGUGUACGAGGCGAUCCUGGUGCAGAACAGCUGUCACCUGAACGCGGUCGCUUUUACAUGUUUUGGAGCUGCACAGAAGUUUCGAAGCGUCCAGUCCUCACUGCGCUUCUUGCAGGUGAUGCUGCCAUGUCUUGCGAAACAACCGCGAACGAAGAGCUCGUGCAAGAGGCGUCUGCAGUCUUGCAACGCAUCUAUCCGCAGAAACAAGUACCGCAGCCUGUCGAAUCGGUCGUGACCAAAUGGGCGGCAGAUCCAUUCUCGCGCGGCUCUUACUCAUAUAUCGGUAAGAAUGGCUCUGGCAAGGAUUAUGAAGCCAUGGCAAGGCCUGUUGGUGAUAAUCUCUUCUUUGCUGGCGAGGCGACAUGCAGAACGCAUCCAAGUACGGUGCAUGGAGCUUACUUGUCCGGUCUCGCUGCGGCCGGUGCUGUGCUAGACUCAUUGAUUGGGCCGCAACGCAUCUCGGUGACGGAUGAGCCGCUCGUUCCGUCAAAAUCACGUCCUGGCAGUGCAGAUCAUCCAGAAGCGACUGGCAGUCUCAAGCGCAAGCAAAUAUCGACAGAGGACGGGGAACUGUAUCGCUCGCACCAGGAUCAUGCCGAUUCCCUCAAGCGUGAGAGGCUCGACAAACAAGCUGAGGAUUUGAAUCAGUACUUGCUCGACAAGCUGGGUCCACGACCAGAGCUUCCGAAACGUCCCAACACCAAUCCCUUCCUCUUCUUUCAAAAGGAGCAAUGGGUUGUCUCCAAGAAUGAGCUUGAUGCACAGCAAGCAGCCAGCGCAAAAAAGCUAGAUCCAACAGCCAGCAAGAAUCAGGUACGCACCAUGAUUGGCAAGGCCUGGCGUGAUUUGGACAAAGUCGGUCGAGAGCCGUGGAACGCUAUCGUACUGGCAAAGCGCAAAGAAUUUGAAGAAGCUCGCAAAGCAGCCGAGUUGGCCAUGAAGGAAUGGGAUGAGCGAGCGGGCCCUCUUAGGGAAGCUUUCGAGAAGGAAGCAGCCCAAAAGAUUACACAAGAAGAGAAAGAUGCACAGCGCGCAGCGGUAGAGGAGGCCGGAGACGCUUGA